AAAAAAAAAAAAAAAAAAAAGAGAGACGCGAGAGAACAAAAACACAAUCUUUAGUGAGGAGUUUUUCAGGGAAUAUACUCACUUUGUUUUAUAUGAAACAUCCGACUUUACAUUACUGAUAGUAUACAAAUCGCGCGUGAAAGGAAAUAUCCAGUUAGUGAGGACAUUGUUGAGGCGUAAUUCGGUGAUUUUGGAAGAUCCUCGGUUCAGAGAGUUGUGUGAAUCAGUCCACUGUAACAACAUGAACGUGGAUGCUGCACUGGCAGCGCCGAGCGGAGCCGCGAGCACCAACUCCUCCACCCCGAGCAGCAGCAGCAGCACUAACUGUGUCCCGAACAGCAACUCAGCCGCUAAUGUCAGCAGUUUACCUUCAACCGGCAGCACUAAUGUUCCGACCUCAGCUGCCAUGGCAACACCAUCAUCAGACUCCUCUGUGUCCAACGGUCUCUACGUACCCACGGGAUUAGCCAAUGGGGAUGUGAAACCCGUCAUCUCCAGCACACCACUGGCUGAUUUCCUGAUGCAGCUGGAAGAUUACACACCCACAAUCCCAGACGCAGUUACAGGAUAUUAUCUCAAUCGAGCAGGAUUUGAAGCGUCAGAUCCAAGGAUAAUCCGUCUGAUCUCAUUGGCGGCUCAGAAGUUUGUCUCGGACAUUGCUAAUGAUGCACUGCAGCACUGUAAAAUGAAGGGCACUGCGUCUGGAAGCUCCCGGAGCAAGACAAAGCAGGAUAAGAAGUACACCCUGACGAUGGAGGACCUGACCCCAGCUUUGUCUGAAUAUGGCAUCAACGUUAAAAAACCCUACUACUUCACUUAAAGAAGAAAAAAACAAAAACCCAACAUCCUGAAACGAACUGCUGAAAGUAACCUGGCUCCAUAAACAGAUGUCCUCACUGUAGAGACCUGAUUUUUUUAAACAGUGAAAACCUUUCGGUCCAUGUGACAGAGGGAAGGCUGUGUGCUGUCUUUUCAUUUAUUUAGCCAUUUAUUUGAAGUUUUAUUUGAUUUCGCUUAGCCGUGGAUGUGAUUCAUUACACAUUUCUACUAUUGGAUUCAUGGAAAUAAACAGAAUUUGUCGCUUGUCUCUUA